GUCGUCCAGGAGCAACCGAGCAGCUACAAUGUCCGCAGAGUACAAGAACACCGACCCCAUUAAGCUCGCGAAGCAGGCGGAGAGAGACUUGAAUUCUCAGCAGGCCAAGGGUGAGCAGAGGGGCAUGAGCGAUUCCACAACCGAAUCCGGUGUCGACGCCUCUGCAACGCGCAAAUUCCCCGGUGCGGACGUGACGUACGGCUCUGCUGCGAGCGGCACAGGGGAUAAUCGCGAGAUCCCUGAGUCGGAGGGCGGAGGUGUGGAUGCGCGAGGACGACCGUACAAAGCGGGCGACUUCGAGGGGCUUGGGGGACCAGAGGACAAGGUCAAGGCGUACGCGGCACAGCAGCCUGGUGAUGAUGAUGUGCGGAGCAAUGUUAAGAGAUAAGGAGGGGUUUGGAGGAGCAGCAACCCUGGUGUGAAGAGAGAGUUGAACGGUAUUAUGUUCAGGGGAAGCGUAAAAUGGAGUUGAGACAGUGAAAGGAUGAUAAUGAAGAAAUGACAACCA